GAAACAGUUGGAAAACAGGAAAUAUUAAUCAGAUCCAUUCGAAAACUAUUUUAUGACAGCCUAUUAAUGAAUAAAAAAUGAACCUAAAUAAUAGAACCUGGGAGGAACGUGAUGAAAAGGAAUUUAGUGAAAGAGAACCAAAUCCUUAUCUUACAGCUAAUUUUAUUUCAAAAUGGAGUUUUUGGUGGACAUUAAAAUUAUUUCGCAAAGGGUAUAAAAGACCAUUAAAAGAUGAGGAUAUUUAUUUGCAUAAACCCUCCUUUGAUGCUGUACUAUUGACAGAAAAAUUUGCGCAACUUUGGGAUGAUGAAUCGAAACGAAAACAUCCCAGCAUCAUUCGAUUAAUUAUUAAAGCUUUCGGAUUAUAUUUUCUACCGUUAUGUAUAGGAUUUGCCAUCUUGGAAACAAUUGCAAAAGCUAUUCAACCAUACUGUCUGGGAAAUUUAAUUUCGUACUUUUCGCAAAAGGACAAUAGUAUUACGAAAACACAAGCUUAUAUGUACGCUACGGGAAUCGUAAUUUCAUUAUUUCCAUCAGUCCUCAUAUUUCACCCUUUAAUGUUUUAUGUUUUGGAGAUUGGUUUACGAGUUCGAGUUGGUUUGUCUGGAUUAAUUUAUCGCAAAAUAUUAAAAGUAUCUAAAAGUUCUUCAAGUGAUGGUUUGAGUGCUAAAAUUAUUAACGUUCUAUCAAAUGAUGUUAGCAAAUUUGAUUACGUAUUCUCUUUUGUUCAUGAUGCACUUGUUGGACCUAUGCAAGUAAUAGUCUUAGGAUAUUUAGCUUAUCUUGAAAUGGGAUAUGCAUCAUUUGUUGGAAUUGGUCUGCUAUUGUUUUUUAUACCAAUAGAAGCAUGGGGAGCUAAAAAAGCCGGAAAUUUUCAUCAAAAAACUUCAAAGAGAACUGAUUUUAGAGUUAAACUAAUGAACGAAAUAAUUCUUGGAAUUCAAAUUAUAAAAAUGUAUGCUUGGGAAAAAACAUUUGCAAAAAUUCUAAAAGUGUCUUCACUAUUUCAAGUAUUUUUGAUAUAUUGA